UCGAUGUAUCAAAAUACAGCCUUCUAGAUGACCCAGUCCAGUUUUGUUUCUCAAUAAAGAAGUGUGAAGUGGAAAAUCCUAAGCCAUAUGAAAAACUUCCAAACUAUGCUCUGCAGCGCUUGACCACACCUGUGAGCAAUGCCGUCUUGGAGAGAAAUUUUUCCCAUGUAACUGCAGUGAAGACGAAAGCUCGCAACAGAGUGAGUUUGAAAAUGUUGGGGUCAAUUUUAUUAUCUUGAAAAUUAUCUUGAAAAUGUGCGAGGGAAUUCUAUCAACAGAUGUGGGUGGGGGCGUGGUAGUGAAAAGGUUAGGACCAACUGUUUCAUACGUAAGAAAUAUUAGGAUUUGUAAAAUUUUGGCAUUGAAAUUCUUAUCCUGGCAGUAAAUCUGAACAAAUUUGACAACAGUACGAGACUUGGCAACCCUGCUCCACACUCACUUUGCAGUCCACAGUGUAACCACAGCCUUGGUCGGGGUUGGACAAGCAGCGUUGGUAGUGAGAGCGGUCGAUCUUGAAAAGGGUCAUCAGAAUGGCUCCCCAGCAAGGAAGAGCAGGCAUCACAAGCCCCGUACAGGAUAGCAUUUCACUCAUUAUCAAUAAUGAAACGUAUACAGUUGGUCCAGAUGUGCCACCAUGGACUCGCCUGGUGGACUACAUACGAUACGUAGUGCAGGCCCCGGGCACCAAGGCACUGUGUCGGGAAGGAGGCUGUGGUGUGUGCACUGUAGUGGCCACAGUUCCGGACCGCGAGUCGCCUGGCCACAACAAGACCUUCAGCGUGCAGGCAUGUCAGGCAAUGCUGUAUGCCUGUGCAGGAUGGAAGAUAGAGACUAUAGAAGGUCUAGGGAACCGCUACACAGGUUACCACCCCAUACAAAAGGCUCUGCAUGGCUUCUAUGGGACUCAGUGUGGCUUUUGCUCACCAGGCAUGAUCAUGACCAUGUAUGGCCAGACAAAGGGGUCUGAACCACUCACUUCUGCCAAAGUAGAAGCAUCAUUGGAUGGGAACAUUUGUCGCUGCACUGGCUACCGGCCCAUCCUGGACGCCUUCAAAUCCAUGACAGUGGAUGCAGACCCCACCCUUAAGGAAAGACUUGUGGACAUAGAGGAGGCAUACAAUGGUGUAUGUGAGAAGAAUGGCACCGAUGGUUGUGGUGGCUGUAAGGGAAAGGAAGGUGGAAGAUGUAAGAAAAGAGUGAUGGAUUUCCUUCCUCUCAAUCCUGGGAAAGUGCAGAUAUCCUUUGGCUCUGUUCACUGGUUCCGACCAACAAAUAUCCAUGGCAUGUACAGUAUUCUUAGGAAUAUUGGCACUGAAGAGAAGUAUCGGAUUGUUGUGGGCAACACUGGCCAAGGAGUGUUCAAGAAUGAUGGGCCAUAUUCAGCCUACAUCUCUACUGAUGGUAUUGAGGAGCUGUACAUCACCUCAGUGGGAGUACCCUUGCAGCUCGGUGCCAAUGUGAGCUUGACCAGGGCCAUGGAGUUGUUCCAUCACAUGGCCAAAACACAGCCGAGAUACAGUUACCUAGAGGUUCUUGCCAACCAUUGGCAAGUGGUGGCCAAUGUGGCAGUCAGGAAUACAGGCAGCUGGGCUGGCAAUUUGAUGCUGAAGCAUGCUCAUCAAGGAUUCCAGUCAGAUAUCUUCUUGACACUUCUUGCUGCUAAGGCAGAGCUGACCAUUGGCAGUGCUGAGGAUGCUUCCACUACCCACAUGAGCCUUGAGCAUUUCCUCAGAACAGAUAUGUUCAAAAAAGUCAUCCUGUCUGUGACACUUCCACCUGCAUUACACAACACAAAGCUGCGGACAUUCAAGAUCACGCCACGAGCUGUCAAUGCACAUGCCUAUGUCAAUGCCUGCUUCAGAAUGGAGGUGGAUCCAACAGACAACUUCAAGGUUACUCACAAACCUUCCAUCCUUCUUGGAGGUAUCAACCCAAAUUUCAUCCAUGCUACUGAAACAGAGAACUUUUUGAUGGGGCGGAGGCUGAAUGAUCAGGCUACUGUAGUGGAAGCUGCAGAAAUACUUGGCCGAGAGGUACAGCCAGACAACCAUCCACAGGAUGCCUCUCCAGCCUAUCGUCGAAGCCUUUCCCAAGCACUGCUAUACAAGACUAUUGUAGGAUUUUUGGCCAACAAAGUGAAUCCCAAGCUUGCCAGUGCUGGACCAAAUAUUGAGCGCCCCCUGUCCUCUGGCCGUCAGGAGUUUGACAUGGAUCGGGAAGCUUGGCCAGUUGGAGAACCUUUGCCAAAGCUGGAAUCUGCCACUCAAAUCUCUGGUGAAGCAACAUACCUUGAUGACAUCCCUUACCUACCCAGUGAGCUCCAUGGGGCCCUGGUUCAGACUACUCAUGCAAACGCUAAGAUAUCACAUGUGGAUGCCUCUGAGGCCCUCAGACUGAAGGAUGUGGUGACCUUUGUAAAGGCUGCUGACAUUCCUGGAAAAAACAGCUUUGUUGUCACUGCUGGGGUAUAUCCUGACCCUGUAUUUGUAGAGGAGCGUUCAAAAUAUGCUGGCCAACCUGUGGGUCUGAUAGUGGCCCGGGACAGGGAUACAGCAGUGCGAGCUGCCCAGAUGGUGGUAGUGAGCUAUGAGGAUGUCAAGAAGCCAGUAUUGACAAUUGAGCAGGCGCUGGCUGAAGGGGGUCGGGAUGAGAUUGUCACUUUUGCCGUCACUGGCACAGUAGAGCCAGCAGUCCUUGGAGACCCGGAAGGCCAGCUGGAGAUUGCACCACAUCGUUUAAAGGGGAAUCUGACUCAGGGGAGUCAGUAUCACCUUAAUAUGGAGCCCUUCGCUACCCGAGUGGUUCCCAUAGAGGAUGGAUAUGAUGUUUACUGCACAACCCAGUGGCCCACUGAAACCCAGGCUACUGUUGCCCAAGUCCUUGGGAUUACUGCGAACAGUAUUAAUAUGUCAGUGCGGCGAAUUGGUGGUGGUUAUGGGGCCAAGAUCAGUCGCCAGAACGUUUUGGCAGCUGCAGCAGCAGUGGCAGCCAGGAGUCUCCAGCAGCCUGUGAGGGUCGUGACAGACCUGAAUACAAACAUGACAUUGGCUGGCUGGAGGGACUCAUACUACGCAACAUAUGAUGUUGGAUUUGAAGACACAGGCAAGCUCACAUCCCUCAUAGUUGAUCUUUAUAGUGAUGCUGGCCACGUCUCCAAUGAGUCUCCUGUAGGCUUCCUAGCAAGUGUCAUCCAGAACUGCUAUUUCAUACCCAAUUUACAAUAUAGACCUCAUAUUGUGAACACUGACACUGCUGCCAACACCUGGUGCCGGACACCUGGUCACGUCAAUGCCAUAGGUACCAUGGAGAACAUCCUUGACCACAUUGCAUCCUAUUUGAAAAAGGAUCCUCUGGAGGUGCGUCAGCUGAACCUAAUCACACCAGGUGUACCACGGCUUCUUGCAUCAUCCCACGAACAGACUCCAAUAAAGGAUGUGAUUUUGCCAUUGUUGCUUGAGAAGGCAAACUUUGUCCAGCGCAAGGCCGAGGUGGAAGAGUUUAAUAGGAGCAAUAGAUGGAAGAAACGUGGGAUUGCAGUGAUGCCAGAGUACUAUGGCUUUGAUUAUCCAUCAGUCUUCCGUUAUGGUCUCCAAGUCAGUAUUUAUGCACAUGAUGGAACAGUAGCUAUCACCCAUGGAGGCAUUGAAAUGGGACAAGGCAUCAACACCAAGGUGGCUCAGGUAGCAGCCUACACACUGGGGAUCCCAUUGGCACAGGUAGUUGUCAAGGCCUCGGAGACAACAGUUGCAGCAAACUCCACUGUCACCAGUGGGUCCUUUGGUUCUGACCUCUGUGCACAUGGUGUCAGAAAAGCAAGUUUAGCUCUUAAAGAACGCAUGGAUGUUGAAAAGGAGAAGAUAAAGAAGGACACUGGAAAAGAACCAACAUGGCUGGAGCUGGUGCAACACUGUUUCAGUCAUGAUGUGGAUCUGUGUGAACGUUACUGGACUGCUGCAAAGGAACAUCCUCCACGAUACGACAUUUGGGCAGCUUGUUGCCUUGAGGUGGAAGUAGACGUGUUGACGGGCAUAUAUAUGAUAAGGCGAGCAGAUGUGAUUGAAGAUGCUGGCCGCAGUAUGAAUCCUUUUGUUGAUGUAGGACAGGUGGAAGGAGCCUUCAUCAUGGGACUGGGUCUCUUUACCUCAGAAAAAUUGAAGUUUGACCCCAGUACUGGCCAAAAGUUAUCAAAUGGGACAUGGGAAUACAAGCCACCAACAGCCCUGGAUAUCCCAGCAGACUUGAGAGUGACCCUACUUCCUAAUGCCAAGCAACCGUAUGGUGUUCUCGGCUCUAAAGCUACUGGGGAGCCUCCUCUCUGCCUCUCCUAUGCAGUAGUUUCUGCUCUGCGCCAAGCCAUAACCGCCUUCAGAGCAGAGAAUGGGGAUGACUCCUGGUUCCAGAUGGACACCCCACUGACAGUAGAGGCAGUGCAGAGACUGUGUGGCGCCAACCCACAAAUGUUCAAGUUGGGGUAGUCAGUGCACCAUCAGGAAACACAAGAACUUGACCAACAUUCUAUUUUCCCUGUUAAAAUAAUAAGCAUAGUUUAAUCCUAGCCUACACCAUGAUAUAUAUGGAUAAACUGCUACAAUUAUUUAACUUCAAAGCUACUGAUAACAGUAAUUUUAAUCAUAAGCAGUAAAUAGUUUAACAUCAGCUAACACUAGCUUUAUCAGUAGCUUUAAUCAUAAGGAGUAAAUAGUUUAACAUAAGCUAACACUAGCUUAAUCAGUAGCAUUAAUUAUAAGAGUAAAUAGUUUAACAGCGGCUAACACUAGCUUUAUCAGUAGCUUUAAUCAUGAGUAAAUAGUUUAACAGCAGCUAUCAUAAGGAGUAAAUAGUUUCAUCAUAUCUCAAAACAUAUUUGUAUCAUGCUGUUGUUUAGCAUACUAUUAUAUUUCAUAAAUUAGUUACAUGUUGUUUACAAGCUUAAUUUAAAAGGUUUUUGUUUUUGUAAUGAUCUUUAAGUUGCUUGAAGAUACUGUCAAAAUGCAUAGGAUAUUGCCACAUACAUGUUUAGUUACAAAGUGGAUAUUGUUAGCUGUCAAAGUAAUCCACAUAUGUUUAGUUAGUUAUGUUACUUUUACUACGAUCAAUGUACAAGAGAUGGGGCUUCCACGCCUUUUGGUUGCUUGGCCUAGCAAACCAGGACAAUAUGACCUAACAUAGUUUAUCUACUAAUCAUUCCUAUGAAAUUUAUAUAAUCAGAGAUUGGUACUCUUAUAACAUAUUUGGACUCCUAAAGCACUGCUGUCUUCAAACAGUGUUGAACAAGUGAAACUAAUUAAGAGUUUUGAAGUGACAAGAGAAUCAAAAGGAAGGAAAUUAGGGAUGAAGGGGGGGGAGGAAAUGUGGAGAAAUGUGAGAACCAGAAGUUAAGUAGACAAAAUGGCAUUAAAAGGAAGAGGUUGUGAAAGGAAAAUGAGAAAACAGGGAGGUUCUGUUAGAUGAAUAUCCAUUAUAUGAGAAACAGAUGAUAUGAGAUGUGUAAAUUCAGGACUAUUUUCUUUACACAAGCACAAAAAUACAAUGCAGUCCAAGGUGAGAAGUUUAAAAUGCGCACCUUCCUGCACCCUUCUGUUAACACAUCCAGGCUGUAUGAUGAUGUACAAUCAUUUAGAUGUACAGAGACGAGUUCAUGUGUGCUUGUCCCCUACCUACCAUUCAUUCUCCCCACCAGUCCUCUUUUAAACUGUGUCAGUGUCUCCCUGACCCCUAUUCUUGUGGCCUUACUCUUCAUUAUUAUACUUGUAUUAAUCAUCAUUUUGCUUACAAGCAUAUUUACAGUAGAGUGCAAGUACAGUGUACAAUGUUUUAUGUGGCUGAUCAGUGCUUGAAUGUGUUAUACUGUUACUGCUGGUGUGUUGUUUCAUUCGCUACCUUUGGUUUGGUGUGGUGGUGUGUGUGUGAUUGACCAUGUGUAUAUUGUAUAGAUUGUGCCUUAAAAUUUUGCCUCUCAAGUGCUAAAUCCCAAGUAGUCAAUAACUUCCAGUGCAAGUUAUAGCAGUAAGGCUAAGCAAGCUAGAGUACCAAUAACACUCGCGAAGAAGGUAGAAAUUGUUAAGAGGCACUGUAGGCACAACAGUGGUCAACGAAUCACCCUCCCUGAUACAUUAACUACACAGUGGUGAGUGUUAUGCACAUUAUAUAUGUUUAAUUAAUAAGAAUCACAUUCUUUGUAUGCUAUUUUUCUUUGAUUUUUUUUAUAAAAUUUUAUAAUAUAAUUCUAUAAUAUAGA